AUGCUUCAGCCAUCUUGGCCUCUAUUAUUCAUCUAUUAUUCUUUUAUAUUCUCACAUGUGACAAUCGGUUUUGUGGCUCAGAAGAAGGUUCUUAAGCCAGUGCUCUCGGAAACUUCUAAACGACAAACUUCGGAUGAUAUAUCAUAUGAUAGCUUAUCUCUAAUUCCGAAUCAAGGAGAAAGAGGCGAUCCGCAUGGAAGGCUGGGAGCAUGGAUUCGUGUUAAUGCUCGACAUCAUAUUCCAAUCAAAUAUCCACGAACUCGUUUAGAUGUACACGUGAGCGCCGGAUUAUAUCAGAUUGUUGAUUUGGAUCAGCGCAAUAAUUUGGCGACUGUAUCGGCUUACUUCGAUGUAUGGUGGUUCGAUGAGUUCUUGCAAUGGAAUACUACCCAAUACAGUGGUAUUGGAAGAAUAUUUGUACCCUUGAAAUGGAUAUGGAAACCUGAGUUCUACAUGUAUCACAGUGUGAUUGGAAGAGUUCCAGACUUUCCGAAUGAUGCAUCGGCAGAGUUACGGUUUGACGGACGUGUUCGGAUAAGAGUUUUGAAAGAAGGUUUAUUUUGUGUUUUCGCCGGAAGGAACGAAGCAUUUUAA